AUGACUACAUGUCCUUGCAUAGAGUUGCAAAACGGAAAUAAAGUACCACUCGUGGGUCUCGGAACUGCCGCAACUUUUGAUGACGUCACCCAGGCCUGUGUCACCUGCGCAUUGGACGCGGGGUAUCGACUAAUCGAUACUGCCGCCUACUAUGACAACGAAAUAGCCGUCGGAAAGGCACUGAAGGAAAAGUUCCUUUCCUCUAGCCUACGACGCGAGGACGUCUUUGUGACCACCAAGGUAGGUUAA